AUGGCAACACCUCAAGUCAAAGACUUGGUGUUGCGCUCGCCAGCUGGUUCAUCUGAGGUCAUAACAUUCACCUGGCCACUGCAAGUCGGUACCGGUUCAGAUCGUCAUGACAAUGGCAUCGAUAUUAUUGACACAAUUAAAUUUGUUUGCGAUGAACUGCCCAGCAUCUCGUCGGCAUUCGAGGAGAUUAAUCUUAAUCAUAUAGACACUGCCUGUUAUAAGACUAUGACAAAUCUUGUCGAUCGUUUUAAUAAAGCUGUUGACAGUAUUGUUGCAUUGGAAAAAGGAACCUCACUGCCCGCCGAGCGUCUUAAUAAAUUCGCUCAUCCCAGUCUGUUAAGACAUAUAUUACAAUUAGUUUACAAUUUCGCCGUACUCGAUCCGGAUAAGUUGAACAAUUAUGAACCCUUUUCACCGGAGGUCUACGGCGAAACCUCCUACGAAUUGGUUCUGCAAAUGAUAAAACAUGUUAAUGUUACCAAUGAUGAUACGUUUAUAGAUUUGGGUUCCGGCGUGGGACAAGUUGUUCUACAAAUGGCCGGUUCCUUUCCCCUAAAAUCUUGCAUUGGUAUCGAAAAAGCCGAUACACCCGCCCGUUAUGCCGAACGUAUGGAUAUGUUCUUUCGCCAAUUUAUGGCAUGGUUUGGUAAACGUUUCUGCGAAUAUAAAUUGCUAAAGGGCGAUUUUCUUGUCGAUGAACAUCGCGAAAAGAUAACCAGUUCGUCGUUGGUGUUUGUAAAUAAUUUUGCAUUCGGACCGAAUGUUGAUCAUCAGCUGAAGGAGAGAUUUGCCGAUUUGAGAGAUGGUGCGCGAAUUGUUUCAUCGAAAUCAUUUUGUCCCUUGAAUUUUCGUAUAACCGAUAGAAAUCUCAGCGAUAUUGGCACAAUAAUGCAUGUCAGCGAAAUACCUCCCCUUAAGGGCUCCGUAUCAUGGACCUGCAAACCGGUUUCCUAUUAUCUCCAUGUCAUCGAUCGUACAAUAUUAGAGCGUUAUUUUCAACGGCUCAAAACUCAAAAAGGUGCUGAAAACGAUCACGUGGGCGGUUCAACACGUACCACUCGAGAUCGUGCCAAACGUGAAGCCAAUAAUCAGGCAAAUUCACAAAAUUCCAAUUCAUCGCUAACAGCUCGUACCAAUUCUCCUGCUGCCCAUGCCAAAGAUACAAGCAAUAGUAGUUCGAACAACAACAACAAUAAUUCCACCAACAAUACUAGUAGCAACACAACGACAACAACUAGUAGUACAACAAAAACAAGACAACAGCAGCAACAACAACAGCAGCAGCAACAACAACGUGCAGCUGAAAUGGAAACAUCAACGGAAAGUGAUGGUGAGGCUGCAUCAACAACAAAUGGUGGCAACAGCAAUGGUAGUGGUGGACCUGUCACCCGUAAAACUUGGUCCGAUUGGGCCAGUUCAAAGGGUAAAAGUUCCCAGUCGGAUGAGGAGGAGAAUAAUAAUCAAACUACCACAACAUCUUCCACGCGCACUGUGCGCACAACAACACAAAAGAAACGUAAGAAAUUAACGCGCAAAGCGGCAAUUGCUAGCAAAAGUGCGGCAGCAGCGGCUCAACGCGAAGCUGCGGCCAAGGAGAGGGCGGAAGCUGCAGCAGCUGCCGCUAAAGACAACUCCUCAAAUCAGGAUGGUAGUAGUAGUGCUAAAGGCGGAGGAGCAGCUAGUGCAGGUGGAACAUCUACAGUCGGUCGUAAGGGCCGACUAAAGAAGGGCGCCGUACGUGGCAAACGUUGUGCCAAUAUUGCAGGUUUGGAAAUUUUGCACAAGCAAACCCUACUCUCCACUUCCAUCGAGGCGAUGAGCAAGAAGUUACCCCCGGCCCCUGGUUGUGUUGAUCAACAGCUGACCUCAUUGUUGACCGAAAAUAUGGCUCAUCGUGAAUUGGAUAUACCAACCCAACCGAAUGACACCCCAUAUGCAUUACAAAUAUUGCUGGAUGUUUUCCGUUCCCAAUAUAUGGCCAUGAUUGAACAAAUGAAAUCGAAAUCAUUUGUCCCCAACAUCAAGAGGCAAAUACAAUUGGAACAGGAACGCAAGCAGCGCAUUAAGAAUCGUGCCUCCCAACUGGACAAACAAAUAAAGGUGCUAAUCGAUGACAGUGUGGCCUUGUUGAAAGUUCGCAUGAAUGAAUUGGGCAUUAAUGUCUCGUCGCCCAAUGACUUGAUUGCCAAGGCGAAGGAGAUAGUGGGACGCCACAAGGAACUGCAGGGCGUGGCCAAGAAAAUACAAAGUCAGGUUACGGCCUGCGAAAUGGAACAACGCCGCCUGCUGAAGAAACAUUUACAACACCUGCCGGAAUACCAAAUGCUCUAUGGAGCCAAUGGCAAGACGAAACUACAUGACGUGCCGGGCGGCGGUGAAUUGUCAGAGGCCGCAGCCCAUGAAUUGGUGUUGAAAGAAAUAGCCAACACCUUGGCUCAGCGCAAGAAAUUGGUUGCCCAAGUAUCUAGUAUUGAAAAGGAGGCGAAGAGUUUGGAAAAAGCUGCCGAAGAACGACGAGCCACGGCUGCUCUUCUGGCCCAGGGAACAAAUAUCAUUGUAGCCAAUAAUAAUUCCAGUAGCAACAGUAGUAGAGCUUCUUCUUCGUCCAUGGCAAUGGAUAUUUCGGCAUCUUGCAAUCAACCCUUGCAAUUGACCACACAUAAUCAUGUAAAUACCACAACGAUAUCCAUUAAUCAUGUCGCACAAACAUCUUCCUCAUCAUCCUCCUCGUCCACCGGUAAAUCGGGUAGAAAAGCCCGUGAUCAUCGAUCGCGAUCUCAAGAAUGGCCGGAUGUGCCAGAUGUGGGUAAAAUUGAGGAGAGUAAUCCGGAAGUGUUGGCCCAAAAGAUAUUGGAAACGGGCCGGAAAAUAGAGGCUGGCAAAUUGGCCAAAGCAGCAGCAACAACAACAGCAAAUGCAGCAACAUCAUCAGCAGCAACAACAACCUUUGGCUCUCAAUAAUCAUCACCACCACUAUCAAAUGCAGCACAGCAACACCUGCAUCAUUCUAAUAUUCACCAACAGCAGCAUCAACAUCAACAUCCCCACCACCAUCCGGAGGAUAAACCUUAUCGUAAGAAACACGAACGUUCGGCAAGUAACGAGCAUUUACCCAGUCUGGGUUAUGGUGCGCCCGCCACGCUCAUGCCUGCACCCAAGCAGCGAUCUUCGGCGGGAGAACAUCCCAUAAAUUUGAACAAUGGUAAUAACAACCCCAUGCGUUCUAUGAAUGGACCCAGCAGUACCAGCAUUCUGCCGAAAUGUGAUAUGCCUGGUAUGCGUAAAAACCAUGCAUCGUCGUCAUCCUCCUCCUCCGCAGCAAAUGCUUCGGCAGUGGUCAGCAUUCAGGAAUCACCAAAAGUAGCGAAUUUCGAAGAUCGCCUUAAGAGUAUAAUAACAUCGGCCCUUAAUGAAGAUCAGGAACAACGCAAAGCUCAACAGGUAGUGAAUCAAGUACAAGUGGAUAUAACACCCAUACAACCAUCGACAGUGGCGGCUGCUAAACGACAAAAACAUGCGUCGGCUCCCCCACCACCACCACCUUCGCAAAGCAAUCACAACUCGUUGAGUAAUAUUAUCAAUGUGGCUACGCAUAGCAUGACCCACCUGAAUGCAACCACCACAAUAUCACCCAUAAAUACAGCAUUGCCACCACCACAAGCUGGAGCCCAUAAUAAAUAUGCUCCUGGUGGCGUAGGAUCAGCAUCCAAGGCCAUGUUGCAUCCUUUAAAUACCACGUCUUCCGCAGUCAUGAACUCUGCAACAUCAAAAGGAGCGUCAUCAUCCUCCAAAUAUCCUCCCCACAGUGGUCAUCCGAAUCAUGUUGGCCCACCACCACAUUUGAAUAGCAGCGGCGGCAGCAGUGCGAAUAAUCAUCCCUAUGGACAUCCUGCUGAACAUAAUAAUAUGAUAAGGAGACGAAGUUCGAUUAGUGCUGCCAGUUAUGAACAGUAUAUGGCCCAGCAACAACAACAGCAGCAGCAACAUCAUCAUUUGCAUCAAAAUCUGCAUCACCACCACCAUCAUCAGCAGCAACAGCAGGCGCUACAACAACCAUUGGAAUUCAAACAACCACCCUUGGAAAAUCAUUUGUCACAUCAACAGCGUUCCAGCAGCCGGGAAAUGUUAAUCGAUGAACCACCCGUACGGUCCAGUUCAGCCAAUUCUGAUUCGGCAUUAUCAUAUUACCCACCCACCCGGGAUCGUUUAAUGUCCAUGGAAAGAAGUAAUAGUCGAGAAUCUGCUGGACAAAAUCAUGGCCAGCCGACACAGCAGCCACCAAGCCGGCCAAGUUCGAAUUCAUCUCAGCCCGAUUAUACCCAGGUGUCACCGGCAAAAAUGGCCCUAAGAAGACACCUGUCACAGGAGAAAUUAAAUCAACAUAUGCCACCGGGAUCGUCGGGUGGUAUGGCUUCCAAGACCAUUGGCGAUCUGGUAAAUGGUGAAAUUGAAAGGACAUUGGAAAUUACCCAUCAAUCGAUUAUUAAUGCGGCCGUUAAUAUGUCCACCGUGGGAAAUGCUUCGGGUGAACGUAAUCCCUAUCUAUUGGAGCGUAGUAUUUAUGGUAGUGCUCAUGAUUUGCACCGUGAAAGGGAUCGUUCCAAUGAAAGAGAAAGAGAGCGAGAGAGAGAAAGGGAACGGGAACGUGAACGAGAAAGAGAGCGGGAACGCAUGAUUAUUAAUAAUUGUGCCCAAAGGCCGGAACGUGUUCAUGUUAAACAUAUGGAUGAAGCCGGUUCUGCACCUCAACAACAACAACCUCCCAAUCCUGCAACAGGUUAUGCUGAAAUAUCUUCACGAAAUUCCGUAGAACCCAAAUCGGCCUAUACCCAUAAUUUAGCCACAUUGGCCAAUGUUGCAUAUCAACACAAGACAAUGGUUGGAACGAAUAACGCAAAUGCAACCAGUGGUCCAGCACCUGUCAAUUCCUCUUCUACGUCGUCAGCCUCGUCGACAUCAUCGACCUCUAGACAUUAUAACAAUCGUGAAAGAGAUACCUCCUCGUAUCAUUCAGCAAAUGCCAAAAUGCCCACAAAUAUGGUAAAUUCUUCAGUGGGGGCACCAUCGUCUACAGCCAACAAUAAUCGGGAUUAUCAACCGGUAGCAUUGCCCCGUGCCGAAAUGAAACCGUGUAUUGAAGCAUAUUUUCAGGAUGAACAACAGCAUCAGCAGCAACAACAACAUCAUUCGUCAUCAUCGCAUUCACACAAGUCGAACAAAGAUAAACAUUCGAAUCGCGGCAAUCGUAUGAAUGGCACCAAUCCUCCGCUGGAAGGUUUGGCUGCCUCUUUGAUGGCCUCACGCAAAUUUCGUGAGGAGCACGAGGAAAGGCAAAAACGGGCAGCAGCUGCUUCGUCAACAAGUGGUGGGAUGAAUGGGAACAAUAAUAAUAAUGGUGGCCAUCAUAGCGAACACAAUGUCAAUCACAAUCAAAUGCAUCAUUAUGGUAGUAGCAACAGCAAUACCAACAACAAUGCAUAUGCUGGUCAACAGCAACAACAUCCAACAUCGACAAAUCAUAAUAGCCAUCACAAUCAACACAAUGGAACUCCCAUGAAGGUGGAACUUGGUGUAAAACGUACUUCACCCAUGACCAAUCAUCAUCCCCGGCCAUCGAAAAUACCGCAUUAUUCAAAUGAUCAAAUGUCGUCGGCAGUUGGCCAGGCAAAUCCAUAUGCCAAUACAAAUGGCGGCCUCAAUCAUCAUCACCAGCAACAACAACACCAUGCAUCUGGUGGUUAUGCUCAACAUUCACCAUCAUCUUCGUCGUCGUCUUCACAACAUAGACGUGGUAAUAAACUAACUGUGGAACCACUUAUGAGUCCUGAAAUUAAUUCAAUAAUGGGCGGUGAUAAUGUACGAGCAAUGGCCUCAUCAUCAUCGGCCAGCAAUGGUAGACCAUCUGUUAAUAAUAGCCAACAACAACAUCAUCAUCAUCAGCAGCAGCAGAACCAUCAUCAGCAUAACAAACAACAUGGUCAUGGUCAUUAUAAUCAUCUACAACAGCAGCAUCAGAAUCAGCAACAACACCAACACCAAAAUAACAACCACCAUUCCCAUCAUCAACAGCAGCAGCUGCAACAUCAUCAUAAUUCCCUAAACUCCUCCACAAUGAACAACAACAGCAAUAAUAAUAUUCCCAACAGUCAUCAUCAACAACAACAACAACACCACCACCAUCAUCAUCACCAGCAACAACAACAACAUUUACCACAUAACUCAACAAGCAAUACCUCUGCUGCAGCAGUUUUGACAAAUGCCAACCCUGUUGUGGGAGGUCGUGCCGCAGAUGAUGAUGACGUUAUUGCAGCUGAUGAUGAAACCCAUUGGCAGCAUCGUGUCAGCUCGGGUUUUGAUCGUCUGGUGGCAUUUGCCUCCACCGAAUUGGAUAAAACUCGUCGCUCCAUUGAUACCGAUACGGUGCCCUCAUCGAUUAGCUGUAAUACUUCACCAGAUUCGGGUAUCACACACAGUAGUAGUAAUUCGGAAGCGGCCCGUACCUUCCUUUCCACAUCGUCAACAUCGUCUCAGCUGGAUUUACCCAUCAGCAGUGGCAGUAGUACCUCAUCAAGUGGUAACAGCAGUUUUAUGAGUGGUGGUCACAAUAAUUUACAUCAUCACCAUUCCUCGUCCUCGUCAUCACAUCCCGAUCAUUUAAGCGACAGCAGUAUGAAAUCUUCCCACUCGGCUGAUAUGAUGAAUUCGUUGCCGAUCACCUUGAAGAAUUGUUCAUCGCCACAAGAUGCGAGCAGUGCUAUUGAUAGUCCACCAUUAUCGGAUAUGGGUUUGCCACGUACACCCAGUCCCAGUGUCACUCUGAAUACACCGCCUCCUGGUGGUUUGAUGACACAUCAGUUGGAACAAAGUGGUGGUAUUGGCGUGGGUAACAGCUUAAAAAUCCCCCUCAAAUAUCAACGCAAAUCAAAAACAUCUUUGGAAAAACAUUACAAAAAGAAGUUUUGUGAACGUAAUUGGGAAUAUGAUUGUGAUGAAAUAUUGGCCUAUUCCAAUUCAUCAUCCACAGCGGCUGCCGAUGCUGCUGGGACCACCACAACAAAUAGCAGCGGUACAAAUCAAAACAGCCACAAUGGGCCCUCAUUGCUUGAAGGAGGCAACUCAUCAUCUGGGGUGGAUCAAAUUGAUGGUUUGCCGUUAACAAAUAAUAAUAACAACAAUGAUAUGCAACAACAACAACUACAACAAAAUGCCACGGCGGUGCAACAACAGCAGCAUCAUAAAUCAUCGAAAUUUCGUCCCAAGGGCAAAGAUUGGGAUUGGUCAAUGGACAGUAAUAGCAGUAAUAUAAGCUCGGAUGACGAAGAACAGGUAGGACAAGAACAAGUAGAUCCAAUGCCCUCUAAUUACAAUUACAUAUUUUCAAAAACAAAAACAACAUUUUAA